ACAAGUGUGUCUCUCCUGCUGGCUCUCACGCCUCAUUCUGCUUGGGAACAAGAGAAAGCUGGAUGUGGCUUCGGUGUCCCGCGCUGCUGAAGUUUCUGGUGUUGUGAUCCUACUUUCUCUCAGGACAAUGUGUGUUUUUCGCUGAGAACUAAAUAUGAAGACUAUCCUAAGAAAGCCGGAGCCAAAGAAGUUUACUGGAACGCUGCAGAGAAGACAAGAGGGUUGCUGAGAGCGAGAGAGGGAGAAGAAAAAAAGAAAAAAAAAACAUCCCAAACAACGAACCUCGAUUUUCGAUCUUCCGCGGUGUGCUAUGCUCUGGCAUUCUUUCUCAGAGCCACCAGAAGCAUUCCUGCCAGCAAAGGUGGAGUCGGUGGUGAGGAGCCACCUGGGAGUACGGAUUGAUUGAUUGUUUUCCCCUCGCUUUCCUUAGUGGAGAGGCCUGGAAAGGCUUGAGAGCCCCGAAGAUGAGCGCCAACGGCAGCUCGCUGGGUCAGCUCCUCUGGCAGAGGCCGGUGUGCAGUAGCUGGGAGCAGAAUACGGAAGGGUCUGUCUACCACCUGGCCAACUGCUUCUUGCUCAUGGGCUUUAUGGCAGGCAGCGGGGUGUAUGGAUGCUUCUACCUCUUCGGCAUCCUGGGCCCAGGCUACCUCUGCUAUGGGCUGUGGGGCUGGUUCGAUGCCUGCGGGCUAGACAUCGUCCUUUGGAACUUCCUGUUGACCGGGGCCUGCCUGCUUCAGCUGGCACAUCUGCUCUAUCGCCUUCGGGUGAAUACCCUGCCAGAGGAGUUCAACCUCCUCUACAGGACUCUGUGCCUGCCCCUGCAGGUGCCCCUGCAGGUCUACAAGGAAAUUGUCCACUGCUGCCAGGAGCAGGUCUUGAGGCUGGCCACAGAGCAGACCUAUGCCGUGGAGGGGGAGACACCCAUCAACCGCUUGUCCCUGCUCCUCUCCGGCCGGGUUCGAGUGAGCCAGGAUGGACAGUUUCUGCACUACAUCUUUCCGUACCAGUUCCUGGACUCUCCGGAGUGGGAAUCACUGCAGCCUUCUGAGGAGGGGAUCUUCCAGGUCACGCUGACUGCCGAGACCGAAUGCAGCUACAUUUCCUGGCCCCGGAAAAAUCUCCACCUUCUUCUCAACAGAGAGCAAUACAUCUCCCGCCUCUUCGCAGCCCUGCUGGGCUACGACAUCUCCGAGAAGCUCUACACCCUCAACGACAAGCUAUUUGCUAAGUUUGGGCUGCGCUUCGACAUCCGCCUCCCCAGCCUCUACCACGUGCUGGGGUCCUCAGCCUCAGAUGGCGGACCGGAGUCUGAGAAGGACGAUGAAGAAGUCUUUGAGGCGGCUGUGUCCCCCGCUCAGGCCAGGCCCAUCUGUAUCCUGCCAACAACAGCCCCUUGUUCUCCACCUCCAGCUACCACCAACUUCCCUGUGCCUCUGUCCCGGGCCAGGAUGUCCAGACCUGACAGCGGCACCCUGGGUGAGGACUCCACCAGUCUGGUGCUGGAGGAUUUUGAAGAGGUUUCAGGAUCAGAGUCGUUUAUGGAUUAUAGGAGUGAUGGGGAGUACAUGAGGUGAGGGCGGAGCUCACAUGGGCACGCCGCCAGCUAAGGAUCCUGUCUUCCAGAACUCCUCUCCAGAACUCUCCUCAGGCUAUGUCCAGAGCACAGGCCCCUUUGGCUCCAACCCACACUCCUGAGCUUUAAGGAUCGCAGAGCUGUGGUCUCUGUGGCCAGAUGGCUCUCUUCCAUGUUCCCUGGAUGGCCACUUGUAUUCACUCCCCUCCUGUCAUCCAUCAGAAAGAUCGGGGGGGGGGGGGGAGCAAGAUGGGAGACGGACAUGCCAUGUCAGCACCACAACUGCCCCAAGGGUGAUAUGGAGAAACUUACCUUCAUCAACCUUCCUCGUAGGAGGAAGGUCCAGAGGCACCAGGCCUGACUCCUUCUUUUAUGGCUUGUAGAACCGUGGCUGGUCACACAGCCUCUGAGCCUGAUCUGUCAAGUGGGGCUAGGAACUCACCUCCCAGGGUUGGUGUGAGGAGCCAAUGAGUUGAUUGGGUAAAGCACCUAUGACGUGGCAUGGCCUUGAGCGUGCACUCACUAAAGCACCCCACACCUCUCCCGGAUGUUGUUGCUUUAAACUGUCUGCAAGGAUCCAGUGAAUUUUCCGUGUGGUUAUUUUGUUGUUGUUGUUGUUGUUGUUCCCAAAUAAGUUUCUAUUGAAAUAGAAAAUUUUUAAGCCCUGACAUUUUCUUCAACUUUUAAGUUGAAAAUAGAAAUAACUGUGCCCUGUUUAUGAAUCUAGCAUUGAAUUCAUAAUUAGUAGGAUUGUUUAAGCUUAGCUAAUUCAUUUUUCUUCCUUAAACCUUUAAAAGUGACUUGCAAGUUGAGUCUGUUCUGCUCUCUUUUUAUCUGGUUAUUUAUUUUGAUUGAGACAAUAUGUUGCUGCUGUAGGAGACUGGUCUUGGAUUCACAGCCCUCCUGCUUCCCCUCCCUGAAUGCUGAAUCUAUUCUACGUUGCUUUUCCUUUCAAAGUCCGAUGUAUGUUCUGAUUACCUGAUGCUGUGUCAAACCUGUCCCUGAUACAGUGACUUCAGACCGUUGGGGACUAGCUGGGGCAGCUAGGCAGUGCUCACCCAGCUCCAUGCUAUUUCUCACGCUGCUGCUCUCCGCAUGUGCUUGCAACAGGAGGCAUCUCAAAGGCCUUCUCGGUCAACCAGUCUAGGGUGAGACUAGAAAACUCUAACAGCUGAGGACGGAUCGGCUGGGGAGCCUCGCUCCAUCUCCAGUGGUUGGUUCUUGCUGCCAUGUAGUUCUCUAGUGUAUGAAUAUACCAAUAUACUCCUGGUAUGCACAUGGAUCGUUUCCAGCUUGAAGUGAUUAAAACGGUGUUCCUGUGGACGUCCUUGUACAGAUGCUUCGGGAUGCAUAUAUUUGCAUUCCCUGUACCUAGGAUUGGUACCCGCAAGGCACGACUCAGGCAUCCUUCAACGACAGUGGAUUCUGCCAAAUAGUUUUCCUAAAUGGUUGUACCAACUCGCAUUCCUUUCAGCAAUGUUGGAGAAUCCCUCUCCGGUAGUUGUCAUUUUUUUUUUUCUCUCAUCUUUGCCUUUUGGGUAUGAAUAGCAACAUUUCAUUGUGGCUACAGUUUUCAUUUUCCUGAUGAAUACUAAUACUCUUUUUUCCUGCCCCUUCCCCACUUUCUUGGCUAGCCUGGAGGCUAGCAAACUCCAACUAUCUCCCACACCCCCGCCCCACCCUCCUCAAAGCUGGGGCUAAAGUGCUGGGACACCCGGCUUUGUUACAGGGCUGCUGGAAUCCCAACUCCAUCCUUCAUGGCAGUGUAACAGGUGCUCUUCACCACGGAGCCAUCUCUCCAGCCCCCCAAUGCGCCCCCACCCCAUGUGAGUGUUUUCUGUUAUGAAGAAAACAUUCUGUUGGCUUUUAUACAUUUCCCCCCCAACACAUACUGUUUCCUCUAACUGGUGCCUUUCGAUGAGCAGAGGUUUGAUUUCCCUGUAGUGCUGUUGGUUUUGCCCUUUUCCUGUGGCUUUCUGUGUCACGUGUAAGGAGCUUGUGUCCCCCUGAAGAUGGCCUUCAUCUCGACCUCCUAGAUGUUUUAUAGUUCAUGGUGAGGCCAGUGACGGCCUGUAAUGGUUUUGAAGUGUGGCAUGAAGCAAGGGUUCGUUUGGGUGUCCGGUUGCCUGGGCAUUGGUUACCGCGAUGGUUAUUUUAACCCUCACACUAGUACUCGUCACCACCUUGUCAGAAGUCAAAUGUCCCCGUCCCCGAGGCUCUUUUUGGAGCCGUGCGGUUGCUCUGUCUGGUUUUGUACCAUCCCUGUGCUGCGUCCCGGCUCCCCUGACUAUUUCUGUCCAUAAUAACACCACCUUGUCGUCGUCGUUGUGAUGUAGUGCUAUAGUAAGGUUUGCUACCUGGCAAUCCAACUGUUCUCCGGUCUUGGUUGUUAUAGGUCUUUCCCUUUACACAUACAUCUACAUAAGCUUUACACCCAGCACGUCCGUUUUGAAGAACAAACAGAUUAAGUGUGACAAAGGGUUAUCUUUACGACACUGAAUUUUAAACCUGUGAACGUGGUUUAGCAUUUCAUUUACGUUAGUCUCCUUUGUUUUCUCAUAAUCAUAUUUUUUUGUUUUUGAAGUAGAUGUUCUUGCAUAUUUUUAUAGUUAUUCAAUGAAUUUGAUGUGAUUAUAAGUACUAUCAUUAAAUACUUUUUACGUUCUGAUCGUC